AUGGGUCGCGCCGAGGAUGGCUCCAUCGACCGCUACAACACCAAAGAUAGAGUUCUUCUCUACAGACUUCGCACUUCUCGCUCCGCUCAUAUCACCGAUCGCGACUGCGUCAUGGCCACUCUGUUUGGCAUGCUUUUCGCCUGUCAUCGCUCUUAUGUCGUAGCAACACGCGCUCUUAGGUUCAUCGAACCUUCCCAUCCCAUUCUUCUCCGAGGCGGUUAUUCAUCUUCGUACACCCUUUUGCUUCGAGAUGGUGACUCGUUGGGCGCAAAUCAUAUAGAAGUUGACGCCAUGGAGGAUCUCAUCGUUCUCAACACCGGAUGGCAGUGGCCGUGCCGCUUGAUCAGCACUGCCGGCCUCGCUUGGCCUGUGCCUCAUCAAUUCGGUGCCUUUGAUAGCCGAAAUUCUUUUUACAACUCGGAGGCUUUGAACGGCCUGCUUACUUUGUGGGGCUCCCGGACCCUCCGUGCUCUCUACGUUGUCGUGGAUCCGGCCCAUUUGCGGGAGGCCGAGAAACCAUGGCCCGCCCCGAGUGAUCGAUGGAGCGUGCCGACCCACCCCAAUGCCGACACAAUAUUGGAGAACUAUUUAGCGUCCUUUGACAUUGAAACAUGCAGUCAGAUACAAUUCUUAUUCCAGCGUGGGAACCGUCGCUGCUUUGAGGUCUCGGCCAAACAAGUGUCGCGAUUCGGCGGUUUCGGAGAAGUUGUCGAGCUUCUCGAAUCCGUUCGUAGGCGUCUCACCCCUACCGUCAGCCGGGGCGCUCCUCAUACCCAUGAAGAAAUGGAGAGCGAGACAGCACCUUGCAGAUGUAGAAUCCUCACGUGGCAGCAAGUGUGUUAA